AUGUCGACCCACAACACCACCCUUUAUUUCGACAGGAAGGUGCUCCUAACCCUCGUCCCCCUCGCAUCCAUCGCAGCUUCCCACCCGCACGAGGGCAACCCCAACGCCCAAGGGCCGAUUAAUUUCUCGGAAAUUGCGCAAAGCAUUGCAUCCGCUGAAGCAAGCAUUAGCAGCGGUAGACACUCGACGCACUUGACUCCUUCGCUUCUUCACGGGAUUAUCCCGACCAUCGUCACCUCUGCUGGUACAUCUACAGAUACCGACCCCCUGGUUAUCAUCCCCGUCACCGAGAGCACGACUAUCACAUCGGGUACAGAUCAAACAAGGACGGCGACGGUUUGGGCUACUGUUGCUCAACAGACGCAGGUGGUGACUGUUGUUAUUACCCCUACAGUUACCUCUACCAAAACAGUUACCCACACCCACAAACCUGCCGGGCCUACACCACCGAAUCAGUCCUGGCCAAAGGGGGAGUGUACAGGCACAGCAGUCGUGGCGGUUAAUGGGAAGUGUGUGCCUAAGACCAUGGUUACUAGUACCACGAGGACUGGAAGUAGGGGUCCCGCUUCUGCUUCUGCGACUAACAGCGUAACUUUUACAAUCUCGUCGGGAUCUGCGAGCUCGUCGGCUUCUUCCCCUAUUUUAACUUGUACAACCAGUCGUACAACCAGUAGUACGUCAACCAGGAGAAGCAUCCCCAUCACUACUACCAACAGUAGUUCAACCAGGGGAAGCACGACAUCAACAGACACAGACACAGACCCCCUAAUCAUCAUCCCCGUCACCGGCCCCACAACAGAUCUAGUUAACUACAACACUUACACCAUCCCCGCUUCCCUACCCUCGCUGCCUCCGCUUCCUCCUCGUCCUAUGGCUAGCUCUAGGAGCAAGUCCUCAACCAAGUCCUCGAGCACCGAUGAUGAUCCGCUGGAAAUCAUCCCCGUUACCGGUGACGACACCGUGACACUGCCGACUGCUACUGCUACCGCGGUGGUUUCUAUCCCCGUCAGCAGUGGUAGUAGUGGUACGAAGAGUCAGGUGGUUGGACAGGGGCAGAAUGUGGGGCAGAUGCUGGGACAUAUCCAGGGGAUGGGACAGAGUCAGAGUUAA